AUGCGCUGUGAGUACGCUCUAUGUAACCAGGUUUUGUGGCGAGUACUCAUUGAAUGCAGCAACUACCUCUAUUCACCGUCUUCUGGGCUGUAUUCCUGCCCAAUCAGCAUGACGGAUGGAGCUGCUUUUAUAUUAUCUUCCAGAAUCAAGGACUUACCCUCUGAUCAUCCAUUCCACGCUGCAUACCGUGGUUUGAUCUCCGAGAAAGAUGACCACUGGACCUCAGGGCAAUGGAUGACCGAAAGAGCUGGCGGAAGCGAUGUGCAAAACACGGAAACCUGGGCUACUUACUCACCACUAGCUCAAUCAGGCUCUGAUCCACUUGGCGAUGGUGACUACCUGAUCAAUGGAUUCAAGUUCUUUUCUUCAGCAACCGAUGCCAAUCUUGCCCUGCUGCUUGCAAAGACCCCAUCUGGAAAGCUGAGCACUUUUCUCGCACCACUACGGCGUACAGUGGUGGGAUCCGAUGGAGCCUCCAAGGUUGUGUCCAAUGGAGUCAGAAUCCAUCGUCUGAAAAACAAACUUGGCACAAAGGAACUGCCUACUGCCGAGUUGGAAUUGAAGGAUAUGCGGGCGCAUCUUAUCGGCGAGCUGGAUCACGGUGUUGUCACAAUCGCACCUCUUCUCAACGUCACCCGGAUACAUACCUUCGUUGGCUCACUCGCCGGAUGGCGCCGGGCUAUCAGCAUCACCAAGAGUUUCGCCAAAGCAAGAACGACCGUCGGCGAGCCUCUUUGGUUGAUCCCAAUGCAUCUUCGACUUUUGGCAGACUUGGAAGUGAAGCACCGUGGUGCAAUGAACCUUGCCUGGUUCACAGUCGCCUUGUUUGGUGUUGUUGAGGAUAACACGUCUUCAUCUACCACACUCACGCAUUUACCCCAGCCGGGCAAGGAGGCGAACGUGGUUUUCCGCACAUUGACUGCCACCGCCAAAGCUGUCAUCAGCAAGAUGGCCACCCUCGGGAUCCAGGAAUGCCAAGAAUCUAUGGGCGGAGUAGGCUAUAUGGAUGAAGCUGACGAGCCGGAGUUCAACAUCUCGCGCAUUCUGCGCAACACAUCUGUCAACUCCAUCUGGGAGGGUACAACCAAUGUUCUUGCUAGUGAGGUUGUUCGAUUCCUUAUCAAGAACGAUAAUCUUGAUGUCUUUUCGGCGUGGGUGCAGCGAACGUUGGCACUCAUCCAUAACCCGGACCUUCGCGAAGCGCUGACAGCGGCUUGGUCUACCCUUCGCGCUCGAUUUACUUCUCAGGACCCCGCUUCAACCGUUGCUGAUGGUCGCCGUUUCAUGUUCUCUCUUGCUUGGGUUGUGUCUGGAGCCCUUUUGGCUCUCGAUGCCGAGCGUGAUCAUGAUUCGACGACCGCUGAGAUUGCACGUCGCUGGGUGCUAAGUGCGGAGGGUGGUGUCGGAGACCAAGCUUUCCACGAUAUUGUUACAAACCCGAAAGUAGCAAAUAUUGCUUCAAAUGGUGAGGAGCAUUUGCAAUGGGAUUGCCGCAUUGCGUGGGGAAUUGGCUUGCCAGCGGGGCGAGCAUCCGGUCAUAGAUCGUUGCAGAAAGCGGGCUCCAAGCUCUAG